AUGUCCGCCUUUCGACCAUUGAGCUACCAGCAGUGCCAGAUGCUGGACCUGUGGCUGCAGACCUACGGAGUGCUGCUGAACCAUCGGACACGUCACAGAUUCACUGACGUUUUGCCAGUGGCGAGACUCUUCAACAGGGUGCAUCCAGGACGCGUGAAUCUCAGCAGAUAUGUGGCCAGGAAUAGCGUCGCGCUGAAGGCAGUCAACUGGCGUAUUUUCAGUGCUCGAGUGCUCAAGAAAAUGAACAUGGAACUAACUCCAAGCGAUGAGGAUAAACUGGCCAGGGGCGAGGAGUGGGUGCAGGAUGCGCUGCUCUAUCAGCUGAUGAUGACUGUUGUUCAGAGAGUGAAUUUCGGGCAGGACUUGGCGUCUGAGCAGAGCAUCUAA